AUGUCGCAAUCAAGUUCUCGUCGACAAUCGGAUUUUAAAAUUCAUGAAGAUUCCAAUUCUCUGAAUGAUAUGGUUGAAGAUAAGGAUAUCAAGAAAGUCGACGGGGAGAAUGCGACAAGUGAGGGGAAAGAUAUUGAUAAAGUAGUGUCUCAGUUGGAGGAUCCGCAAAGAAAUACAGAAGAGAGUCUGGAGAUGGAAGAAUCUGAGAUAGAAGGAGAUUCAAUAUUGGAUCAAGAGUUACCAGAUUUUCAAGAGGACGAUUCGAUACUCGCAGGCACAGAAACGAAACACAACGAACAUGAUGACUGCGAAGACUGCAAACACGCAAGAGAGGAGAAGCGCAGGCGAGCAGAGGCAAGGGAUCUACAGAUGCGGCGAAUCGAUGCGGAAAUCAAGGAUGCAGCGCGAAAGGUUUUGGAGAACAUUGAAAAGAAGGAUCCCAUAGGGAGUACGACCACGAACGACUAUAACGAUUUAAUCCUUAGCACACAAACGGCGGAUAGCUAUGAACCAGAAGAUCAUGACGAUUCUCUUUCGAACGCAGGAACCGACGAGAGCUAUGAAAGAAAUUUAUACGAUGGGCAAGAUGGAACGGAAUUGACAUAUGAUAUCACAAACGCUACGAUGGAAGACGAAGAACAAACGGAGGACGAGGACAGUAUUCUUCACCACGAUCUUUCUAGUACCGAUGCCGAAACAGAACGCGGGGACUAUGAUAUGGAAAGGAGAGAUAGUAGCUCACGUUAUGGAGAUGUCGAAGACGAUGUUUUCACUGACGGUUCCGACAAGAGUCCCCGGCUGUCAAUAGGUUCCGCGGAGGAAGAACCCAGCAAAGUGAACAUGAGUAAUCGAAACUCGUGGCAAUCAAACAGACAUCUCGAUUUAAGUGAAGAAGCUCACCAAUUGGUUGAACUCAAUUCACCGGUUGUUUGUGAAGAAGCUGCAACAGAAUCUAUCGUCUCAAGAAUUCCUAGCGGUAGUUCACAUUCUCGCACGUCUGCACCAAGAGCAAUGGAUUCAUCAUGCAGUCCGAGAAAAGUACCGCGUCAUCCAUUCCGUACACCGUCAGAUAUCAGGGCGAUGCAAAUGUAUUCACCAGCUCCUUCGCUCUUUUCCACUCCUUAUUCAGUAAAACGACAACAAAAUCCCACUGUUUCUCGUCUUGGCACUCCAACUGGUUUUCAAUACUCCAAAAGUCGUACGCCAACUCGUUUCAAGAAAACUAGAGAAGAGUCUUCCCUUGUACUUCUUCAUGUUACGGUUCUUCCAUUGCAAUGGCAGUACGCCAAAGCUAUACUUGCUCCAGAACUUCCCGCCAAUCUUUACAGUAUUCGUGAGGCAUAUUAUCUUUUACAAGAAAAGCUUAGCGAAACCAUUCUUACUCGUGGAAUAUUACUUCCUCAUCCACAAGAUAGUUAUGAAUGUCUUCAAGAGCGUUUUCUUGAUGCUUUAGAACUUCCAGUCCGCCCUCGAGCUAAAAUCCUCCGGUGUGGGCAUUAUAUGGGUCCUAACACCACAUCCUCCGACGAUGACUCGGACGAAAGAGAUAGUGGAUUUGGUAGUAAUGGAAGGUUUAGACCCAGACCAGAAAAAGUUUGGUGCGACAUCUGCCGUCGAGACGUCAGAUACGAAGAUGAUGAUCAAGACGAAGACGAUAAAAGGUUCAACGUCAAAAUCUUCGCAAGCAACGGCUUAAUGAGAGCUGGGGCCUGGGCAGCCGCAUGGCGAGAAAUGGAAAGAGUAGAUAUCGAGAUUGAACCAUUUGUUCAACCAUGGAUGGUUGAAGAUAUGGAAGAUUUAAUCGAGAGACUACGAGAAGCAGAAGAAAGAAAUGAGGAUAGUUAUGGAAAUUAUUCGGAUGAUUCGAGUAGAGAAAGUUUAGGAUCGGAAGCUCAGAGGUUACAUGAGCAGGGGAUGGACAAAGUUACAUUGAGACAGAAGAGAGGGGGCUUGGAAGAGAGAAUCCAAAGAAACGAAUGGUUGGCUGCUGCUUCUAAGGCUGCGGUAGAAGAGACGGAGAAGUGCGCGAGGGAGGCUGAAGUCUUGAGGAUGAGAGAAGAAGAUUUGGCGAGAGUCAAAGAGGAAGAAGCUAGACGGUUUGAAGAAGAGGCCGAAAUCUUGCGACUCCAAAAAGAAUCUGAAGCAGCCCAAAAAGCGGAGGAGGAAGCUGGAAAACUUCAUGUUGAAGCAGAGACUUUGAGAAUUCAGGAAGAAGAAGCUGAGAAAUUACGGAUUGAAGCUGAAGCUGAGGUUACACGGCUUGUGGAAGAAGUGAAUAGAGCUCAAGAGUCAGCUGACCUGGAUCCUGGGUCACCACAGCAUAACGACGAAAGCCAAGCCGCCAAAGAGCUGCAAUCAGAAGCCCAAAGAAUCCACGAAGAAGAAAUGGCAUUAGAAGAAGAAGCACAACGUAUUUUCGAGGCAGAACUUGCAGAACAGAGGGUUCUUGAGGAGCGAGCUAGUGAGAUUAUGGAGGAAGAAGAGGCCUUGAUGAAAGCUAAGGAGGAAGAAAAUAUACGACAGAAAAUUGCGAAACAGGAAAAGGAGGCAGAAGAAACGAGAUUAAGGGAUAUCCAUGAGAAAGCUUCAACCCGAAGCGAAACAACACAGUUUUCUUCUACCUAUGCUCCUCCUUCGAAAUCAAAGGCCCCUGAGAGGACGGUAGAGGGGGAUGAAACACUCACGGAGCUUCUAGUCAAAGCAGCACGUGUAGCGAUGCGCGAUAUGAAAAAUAUACUCAUCUUAGUUCUCAGCGUGGUAGUGCUAAUCCUAGCACUGAAACCAACCUCAACACAAGAAGUUGAAGGAAGGAAACCUGUACAGGAUACCAUUUUCCAGAACCGUAGGUAUGAAGUUGGUCAGAGUGUCGAUCAGAGAGGUUAUGCUGCUUCUGAGAGUGCUUUGCCUGUGAGGGAGAUUGAGAGCUCGAUUGGUUGGAAAGGACAGGGAAGAGAUGUGGUUAUUACGAGCUCAGCGCCGGCUGUAGCUCAAGGCGAGACCAUCGGGGUAAUAGAUAAGGGGAGAAGAUUGGAGAUCGAUGCUCCUCUUCCGAAGGAGAUUAAGAAGCCUCUUCAAAUUAGUGCUUCUGAAACAGAGAACCCACAGACAUCAAAAGACAAGAACCCAGUCUUGGAAAUUGGAAUGGAGAUCGAGACAACUGUGUCGAAAGAUAUCCCAGCCUUCAAUCUUCCCACAGAUGCAAGUUUUGAAACUGCAAAUCUACCAGCAACCGAUACAGAACCUCAAGGGGAGAAUCCAAAUAUCGACAGUAAUACCGAAUCAUAA